GUUCUGGCAGUACCCAUGAGCUGGAUACAAAAGGAGUUCCUAAUGUGGCCAAAGUCAUUGAACAACGAGAAGAUCGAUAAGAUGCGGAAGGAAGGGACGAUUUUUAAAGGCGCAACCAAAUCCGUACCAGUUAUCGUAACACGAAAAUUCCGCAGCUUCCAAGCGGCGGAAGCUUCUGUGGAAGAACUGUCAAAAAAAGACGUGUCGGAUUUUGAAGCAAAAAAAAAGCAACUGAAAUCUGCAAAAAAAAAGAAACCAGCGGAAAAACGGAACGAUUACAACUCACUUUGUAAAGCAAUCGUUGGCAAAGAGAAACAAGCUUGCAGUUCCCGAAGCUCGUUUCAGAAAGUUAAAGCACUAUCGGUUGAGCCACCGGAAAAACUGGUCCGUCCACCACAGCCAUUGGAACCAGUCAUCAAUAUUCGCCCUGAUACGCCACCGGAAAAUCUAAUCCGUCCUCCACAGCCAAUGGAACCGGUGAUCAAUAUUCGGCCGGAUGUGACAGCUCCAAGGGAUGAUUUCCAAUCAUUUCUUCAACCAUCUGCCACAACCACAACGAUUGCCCAGACAUCUGCGGAAAUAGCGAGAGCAGUUCAAAUUGUGCAGCAGUCAUCAACAUCAAACGUUGUCCAGGAACCAAUACUACGUAUGCCGGAGGAUUUCAUGCUUCAACAGAUCCAGUUGAAGUCGCUGGAAACUACUAGUUCCCUUCCAGGUGAGGAUACCGAUCAAGUUGAAACUGCAACGGACCUAGAUGCACUUAUUAAACAAAAUAUUUUCGAUGCAGUCAAUGCAAUGCGGAGCUAUCUUGACAUACACAUCGAAAACAUAGUAGAACGUGCGGUAACUGCAGCUGUCGAUAGAAGUUUUGCGACUAAUUUUGCUCGUCUAGCAGCCAUGACGGAGGUAUUAAAUAAAACGGCAUCCAAAGACGACACAGUUAUCGAGUUACGAUCACCUGUUGAUACUGAGAAGCAUGUUACCGAUUGGAAUGCUGAGUUGACAAAUGACGCUCUUCAAAUGAAAUAUAUGGAAUUUUUCUCCCGAAUUAUUGUUCCUAAUUCGUACGUGGAAAAAGGAGAUAACGCGUUUUACGUCAUUGCAGAUUGUCUAUUCACUAGACAAUUUUGGAAUCGAUUUACUUGGACAGGUGUGAACAGAGGACAUAAAUCCAAACGAGGCUUCCGUGAAUUUGGAAACGUCACGGAACUGCUUUUAAAACUUAUUCAGAUUGGUGACCCCACAUAUACAAAACAGCAGUUGGAGAAGUUUUGUAAAACGCGCUUAUUUAGACAUGCUAAGACACGAUCUGCUAACAAAAUGCUGCGAAAGUCAUCUUGUCGUACUAAGCGAGGUGUUAAAAGGUCAAAGCCUCAUCAUGAAGAUGCUAUGAGUGUUACAGAUGACAUCGAACUUGAUGACAAUGGCUCUGAUGGUGAGGAUAUGGAAGACUUUGAGAACACAGAGUCAAUUCAUCAACCGAACGACACUGAUACAUCUGAAGGCAAUGAUGGAGACUUCCAAGCUACAGGCAACAGUGAUGGUUCUUCUGAAUGA